AUGAACACUGGGGAACAGGUGCUCGGAGCUCACUGCCCCGGCCGGGAGCUGAGCGGCUCACACCCAGCCGAGCUCCGCAGCCUGCCCUGCCCUGCCGCAGCCCUCAGCCCUGCGGCUGCCCGGGGAUCGCGGAGCCCUCCCUCGCCCGGGGAUCGCGGAGCCGUCCCUCGCCCGGGGAUCGCGGAGCCCUCCCUCGCCCGGCGCCGCGGAGCCCUCCCUCGCCCGGGGAUCGCGGAGCCGAGCGGCCCGGCCAUGACCGACCCCUGCCCAGGCUUCUCCGGCGCUUCCCUGCGCCGCCGGGAGCUGCGCGGCGCCGGCUCCCCGGAGCGCCUGGGCUGCUGCGCGGCUCUCGGCGCCCCCGGGGAAGGAGGCUGCCAGGGCUCCUCUUACCCUGCCCUCGCCGCGCUCCUGGCCCCGGUGCACCUCGACAUCGACACCGACUUCCAGGCCGUGAGGCAGCAGGAGAAGGAGGACCUCAAGCUGCUCAACAACCAGUUUGUGACCCUCAUCGAGAAGGUGCAAUGCUUGGAGCAACAGAACAAGGUCCUGACCACGAGGUGGAACUUCCUGAAGGACCAAGCCAAUUCCCACUCUGAGUCUGACAUCAAAGCCAUCUAUGAGCAGUACAUGAGCAAAAUGAGCCAGGAGAUGAAGGCUCUCAGCUAUGAGCAGGGGAACCUGGAGCUGGAGCUCACAAGGGUGCUGGACACCAUGGAUGACUUCAGAAGCAAGUACGAGGACGAGAUUCGCCUCUGCAGUGGCAUGGAGUACACCUUCAUGGAGCUCAAGAAGGACUUGGAUGUCAGCACCUUGCACAGGACAGAGCUGGAGGUCAAGCUCAGUGGGCUCCAGGAGCUGAUGGAGCUGAAGAAAACCAUCUAUGAGCAGGAGCUGGAGGAGCUGCUGACAGAGAUCAAGGACAUCUCAGUGGUGCUGGGCAUCGACAGCUCCUGCAAGCUGGACCUGAGCAGCAUCGUGGAGGAAGUGAGGGCUCAGUACGAGGCCCUGGCCCUGCGCAGCUGGGAGGAGGCUGAGGCCCUCACCAGGAGGAAGCUGAAGGAGGGAAGCUGCCAGGCAGGGAGCUGCGGAGGUCACCUCCUGGACAGCCGCCGGGAGAUCGCAGACCUCAACAUCCAGAUCCAGAAGCUGAGGUCCUGCAUCGUGUCCCAGCAGAGCCAGUGCCUGUACCUGGAGGAGCACAUCAGGGAGGCCGGGGAGCAGGGCGAGGGAGCCCUCAAGGAUGCCAAGGCCAAGCUGGCCACGCUGGAGGAGGCCCUCCAGAAGAGCAAGGAGGACUUGGCUCACCUGGUGAAGGAGUACCAGGAGCUGAUGAACAUCAAGCUGGCCCUGGAUGUGGAGAUCCUCACCUACAGGAAGCUGGUGGAAGGGGAGGAGAGCAGCAUGGAGCAGCCAAUCCCCACAGCCAUCAGCAGCCUGCAGGCCAGGCCCAAGCUCCCCUCUGCCAGCACCCUGAGGAGCUCCAAGCUGUUUGCCAGAGGAAGCAGUGAAGGGGAGGUGAAGCCCCAGGGGCUGGAGCUGCCCCCCAGGAGCCUCUGCCCCGGCUCCGCCGCGCCUGGAGCCGCCCUGGGCGCCGCUGCCCGGCCCCGGCCCUGCCCCCUGCCCGCUGCUCAGUGCUUCUAG